AUGCGUCUUCCGUACGCCCCCAACACGCCGCCCGCCGAUGCGCCCGCCGACACGGCGGACAUUUAUACACGCAUCGCGGCGCGCCGGAACCCUCGUCCCCUCAUCCCGCUGGACCUGUCUCUCCUGCACAGUCCGCCGGUCGCCGAUGGCUGGAACAGCUUCCUCGGCGCCAUCCGCUCGCGCACCAUCGUCGAUUCGGGUAUCUUGGAGCUCGCGGUGUGCCGCGUCGCGGUAUUGAACGAUGCCGUGUAUGAGUGGAAUGCGCAUGCGCCGCUCGCGCUCAAGGGUGGCAUCAAGCCCGAAGAACUGCAGGCGGCGCGCACGCUGCCGUGCACCGCAGAGGGCAACCAGUCAGAGCUGGAGAGCAGCGCGCUCACCCCGCAGCAACGGGCAGUCCUGCAAUAUACCGACCAGAUGACCAAGACGGUCAAGGUCCAGGACGCUGUCUUUGCCCAACUGCAGACUGUUGGGUUCAAUGAUCGCGAGAUCGUCGAGUUGACCACCGGCAUUGCUGGGUACAAUUGUGUUAGUCGGUUCCUGGUCGCUUUGGAUGUCGGCGAGAACAACGCUCGCGAGAUGAAGAGUGUCGACGAGCUAGUGGCUGCUCUGCAGUAA